AUGUCGAGAAGAACAAAUGGUCUUGAUAAAGGACAUCAAGAGAACUCACUGGCUCUAUCUAUCCUACAUGAAGCCUCAGCUUCUGGUUGUAAUUUUAUGCGAGCUUGUAAUAGUUCACCUCAUAAGACAGAAUUAAUGCAGAUUCCUGAGAAGGAUAGUGGCCAUCAAAAACGUUUACAAUCAGAAGAUCUUCAGGAAGGAAAGAAGAGGACUUGUAGCACCAAAAAGCCAGAGCUAAUGGGUGAAAGAUGGUGGUUCCAACUCCAAGUUUUAAGGCACCUUUGGAGUGUCCCUCUCAUUUUUGUUUGUAGUAUGGACCAGUUGAUCCCCGGGUUGUAA